AUGGCGAGGAGGCUUCUUCAUUUGAACGCACCGGUGGCCGAAGCAGAUAGCGCCAGCUCUCGCAAGGGGCGACCGCGAAAGAUCUCCUCUCCCUCUUUCUUCUCAGGCCUCGCAGCGGCUCGGCAGCUGCGCAAGGAGGGCGCGGAAGUCGUCGUGCUCGAGGCCAGGGAUCGCGUCGGCGGACGGACGUACACGGUGCAGGGCGAUCACUAUGGUUACCUGGACAUCGGCGGCGCGUACAUCGGCGCCACUCAACGGCACCUGCUACGCGUGCUCAAGGAGUUGGGCCUGGAGAAGCACCUGUACUGCGUCUACUACGAGGACUGGUCCGUUUUCACAAUCCUGGGUCGACGGUACGUGACCACCGGCGGAGACUUCCCUUCCUUCUGGAAUCCGUUUGUGAACAUGGACGUCAACAACUUCUUCCGCAGUCUGGACAAGAUGGGAGAAGAGAUUCCAGUCGACGCGCCUUGGGACGCACCGCACGCUGAGGAGUGGGACAAGAUGUCAUUCCAAGACUUCAUCGAUCGCACCUGCUGGACCAGCGUUGCCAAAGCCAUGGCGAAGUUUUUCAUCGCCAUCAAUGUGACGUCGGAGUCGUACGAGGGAUCUCUUCUUUGGAUGCUCUGGUACGUGAAGCAGUGCGGAGGCGUCAAGAGGAUAAUCUCCAUCAAGAAUGGAGGACAGGAAAGAAAAAUGAAGGGUGGCAUGAUGCAGAUCAGCCUCAAGAUGGCCGAGUCCUUGGGAGACAGGGUGAAGCUCAAUUCUCCAGUGGUCAGCAUCACGCAAAGCAGCACGGGCGUCGUCGUCCAAACUCUGAACGGCAAAGAAUACAAGGGAAGUCACGUGAUCAUGGCCAUGGCUCCGCCUAUGCAAAUGCGCGUCCACUACUCUCCCCCGCUGCCUGCGAUGCGCAACCAGCUGCUACAGCGAAUGCCCAUGGGCUCCGUCUGGAAGUGCCUCGUCUACUACAAGGAGGCUUUCUGGAGGAAGAUCGGUUACUCCGGCUCCAUGCUGUUCACGUUGGCUGAAGACUGCCCCGUCGUCUACACAAUCGAUGACACGAAACCAGACGGACGCUUUCCGGCCAUCAUUGGGUUUCUGCCUGCCGGUAAGGCGAGGAGCCUGGUGAAUCUUUUGCCUGAAGAACGGAAACAGAUGAUCAUCAAGGCGUACGCUGCUGCCAUGAAGACCGACGAGGCACUUCACCCCAUCCACUACGAAGAGUAUAACUGGGCAGGCGAGCAGUACGCGGGAGGCUGCUACACGUGCAUGAUGGCGCCCGGAUUUCUCACCACUUUCAGAAACCUCAUCCGGGAGCCGAUCGGCCGGCUGCACUUCGCCGGCACCGAGACGGCGAGCCAGUGGUCGGGCUACAUCAACGGGGCGGUCCAGGCGGGCGAGCGGGCCGCCAAGGAGGUGCUCCACGCCCAGGGCUUGAUCGGCGAGGAGCGCAUCUGGGAGCCCGAACCGCCUGUCGACGAUGUGAUCCCCGAGAUCCCGUUCGAGGACACGUUCGUGGAGAAGCACUUGCCUUCCGUAGGCGACUUCCUGUCAUUCGUCUCCUUCCUGGUUCUGCCAAUAGGCGUCGCUGUCGGGUGGACGCUGCUCGGCUAUCGCCUGCCGUCCUUUACGCAUUGACCGAGACCUGCAUACUUGCCUUCGUCUGCUGCCAAAUAAUAUACGUGGAGUCUGUGUUCUAUCGUUUCCCUAA